AAAUAGCCUGGCCAAUGACAGCUUGGCUUGGGAGACAACUAGGUAAGCUGCACAAGUUCACUCUGUUCUGCUAGACACAAUACAAUGAAAACAGAUGAUCAUGUCUACCUAAUGCACUUUAUGGGGGCCGAGGCAACCAAAAAGGUAAAUUAAAUGAUUAGCACACAAACUCCACUGCCAAAUCUUUCUACAAGUUGACUAAAGUCAACUCAAGGCACUGGACCUCUUCCGAAAGACUAGAGGGAGGAAAGUGAGGAGGAGGGGGACCAGCAGGAAGUUUAAGCGGAGGAUCCGGUUGGCCAUGAGGACUGCCAGGCGAGCCAGCACCGUGGAGGUGCCCUCGUUUUUACGGCAGUUGGUGAGGGAGACUGAGAAGAUGGUCACUUUCUUCUUCAGAGGAGGGCAGAGGGAAAGAGAAGCCAACGGUGACUCUGAUCCUGAAGAUGAUAACAACAAUCUAGAGGACAUUCCCAGUCCUUACUUGGAAAGACCUAUCCUACAGAAGCAGACGGCAGAGGGCGAGUCAAAGUGGGGCAUUAGCUAUGCCAUGGCCAGCAUGCAGGGCUGGCGUACUCAGAUGGAGGAUACACACACCUGUAUGCCUGAGAUGUCUGACAGGCUCCCAGACUGGAGUUACUUUGCCGUGUUUGAUGGACAUGCAGGAACCACUGUGGCUCAAUACUGCUCUGCACAUCUGCUGGAUCACAUCAUCAAUACAGGUACAUGGGUCAUGACAGCAGGGGAAGACGUGGAACGAGUGAAGGAAGCUGUCCGGGACGGCUUCUUGAGCAUUGACCGCCACAUGCACAACCUGUCCCGGAGUGAAGGUUGGGAUCGCAGUGGCUCCACAGCAGCGUCAGUUAUUAUCUCCCCACGCAACAUCUACUUCAUCAACUGUGGCGACUCCCGGACUUUCUUGUGUCGAGAUGGUCAGGUGGUCUUUUACACAGAGGACCACAAGCCCUGCAACCCGCGGGAGAAGGAGCGCAUCCAGAAUGCAGGAGGGUCAGUCACGCUGCAGAGGGUCAAUGGGUCCCUGGCUGUGUCCCGCGCCCUCGGGGACUUCGCUUUCAAGGAGGUGGAAUGGAGGACUCAGACGGAGCAGCUGGUGUCACCAGAGCCAGAGGUGUAUGAGCUGGAGCGCUCGCCACAAGACGAAUUCCUGGUAGUGGCCUGCGAUGGGGUUUGGGACGCCAUUAGCAACGAGGAGCUGUGUGCCUUCGUGAGGAACCGCCUACAAGUAUGCGAUGAUUUGAGGGAAGUCUGCACCCAGGUCAUUGACCUCUGCCUCUAUAAGGGAAGCCUGGACAACAUGAGUAUCAUCAUCAUCUGCUUCACUGGUGCCCCCCAGGUGUCUCCUGAAGCACUGCAGCAAGAAGCAGAGCUUGAACACCUCCUAGAUCUCAAAGUAGAUGAAAUCAUUCAGGUGAUCAGGUCUAAAGACGAGGAGCCUGAUCUGCUGUAUGUGAUGAAGUUCCUGGCCACAGAGGACAUCCCUGGACUUCCACCAGGGGGUGGCAUCACAAGCAAGUAA